AAAAGCUAAAUCAGUCGAGUUUGAGCGUUUGAAGUGUUCAAGUCGUGUGUUGUUGCUUUCAAUAUCGCUACUGCUGUUUGAGUACGAAACCCGAGUUGCUUAAAUUUGUCAAUUAUUGUGUGAAGGGAAAGUAACUGUUAUAAGUCCUUGUUAAAAAGAAUUCAGCAAGAAAAGUAGCCUAAAAAGUGCAGUUUAGUUGGUGAAAACAGAGUUCGGUAAACCUAUAUAGGCAACUUUAGUUAAUAAAUAAAUUAUAAAUUUGCUAAAAGAAAGAAAGAAAAAUAAAAAACAAAAUGCCACCAACUGGUCUAAUAGCAGUAAAUAGCAAAGAUUGCCAACAUUGCAAUGAUGACUAUGAAGAUUCUGAGUACGAAUUUCAUGCGUCGGUGUGUGUAUGGACCAGAUAUUCCGAUGGCACAGUGAAGCUGCGUAAUUCCAACAUAGAACUAAUGGACCAAGACAUACUUUAUCACCUCGCUUUGGGCAGCGAAAGUCACGAUUUGAAUGAAAUGUUCGGUGAUGUUAAAUUCGUUUGCAUGGGCGGAACACCAAAGCGCAUGGAAAACUUUGCACAUUUCAUAAUGUCGGAAAUAGGUUACAAAUUGCCCGCCGGUACAAAACUGGAAGAUAUCAGCGCCUAUUCAUAUCGAUACUCAAUGUACAAAGUAGGUCCGGUGCUUUGCGUUAGUCACGGCAUGGGAACACCCUCUGUCAGCAUAUUGUUGCAUGAACUAAUCAAACUCAUGUACCAUGCCAAGUGUCAAGAUCCCAUAUUUAUACGCAUUGGCACUUGUGGUGGUAUCGGAGUUGAGGGGGGCACUGUUAUCAUCACCGAAGAAGCGCUCGAUAGCCAUAUGCGGAAUGCGCAUGAAUUUACGAUCUUGGGUAAAACCGUAUUACGACCUGCCAAAUUGGAUAGAAAACUGGCACGUGAACUGAAGGCACUUGCCAGUGAAGAUGAUCCAUACGACACGAUUAUCGGCAAGACGCUGUGCACAAAUGACUUCUAUGAAGGUCAAGGUCGUCUGGAUGGCGCAUUCUGCGAGUUCACCGAAGCCGAUAAAAUGGAGUAUUUGGAAAUGCUAAGCAGCAAAGGUGUUGUCAACAUCGAAAUGGAGAGCACCAUUUUUGCCGCACUUACAUAUCACGCCGGCAUCAAGGCGGCGGUGGUGUGUGUUGCGCUUUUAAAUCGUUUGAAUGGCGAUCAGGUCAACGCACCCAAAGAGGUGAUGCACGAAUGGCAAAAUCGACCGCAAACACUCAUUUCGCGCUACAUCUGUAAAGUUCUAGCACAAAAGGGCCAGCUAAAAUCGCUCUGCCGAGGCUCAAUUAAAUCACCCAGGCGUUUCAAGUUGGUACAGCAGGAAUCACAGGCGCACGAAUAAGUUAAUCGCACCCCUUUUAAUACAUGCAUACAUACGCAUAGACGAAGAUCACUCGUUGCCAGUUUACUUGCCAGUCACAGGACUACUCGUACAAGCGACAAACGCAUAGAUGCAUACAAAAAUGCGUACCUACAUCUACGUUUAAACAAAUACUAACAAUAAUAAAUAUUUGCAUACAUACAUACAUUCACACAUACAUCUAUGAAUACGUUAACGUGAAUAGGAAACUGAACUAAUCGUUAAUGCCACUCCAUACAAAACAUUCCAAAAGCGUUAAAAGACCGAAAACUAAUUGUUAGUUAAUGCUCAGAAAAACAAAAACAAAACUCGUCUGUAAAAUAACUUUUGA